AUGGAAAUGGAUGAUGAACCAAACCCAGAUCUGCAAACCGGAACACCGGGCCAUCCUAUUAGCAUUUCUAGCGGUUCUCCAUAUCAAGGAUCGUCGUACCAAGGGCCCGAUUCAUUUGCUGAAAGGUGGGCCAAGUAUGAAUGGGAAUUCACCCCUUCAUAUCAUAACUCCCCAACUCAACCUCCUUUGAAUGAGCCGUACCUUCAAGCUGUCACUCCUCCACCUCUACCUGUUGAGGAACCGCCUCAACAACCACCUCAGCCACCUUCCGAGCUGCCGAGGCGAAGGAGGAAUGCACGAAUAUCCAUGCGAGGAGGACCUCGGUUCAGUUAUCCUCAAGGUUUAAGCUCUUACCCUCCUAUCCCCGAGGACCCACAAAUGGGUGGACCCUCGCACGAGGUGCCGGAAGACGAUCCUCCACCGGUUUCUUAUGCACCACCGCCACCGCCAAUGGGUUUUGACAACUCGAUACCGACAUACCCAGGUUCAUCUGGGUAUAACCCAUCUGGAUAUCCAACCACUGCGAAAUAUGGAGCCCAAGAUCCGUAUCUUACGACCACACAGUACAAUGCCCUUUAUCCUUCUUCUUACCAUCCAGUUUACCCAAUUGGAUAUCCGGUGCAGGGGUAUCAAUACCACCCAUAUCAACAACCUCCUCCUCCCCAACAGUAG